AUGGCUCCCAUUGCUGCCAAGAUUCUUCUUCUAUCAGUCAUGUUCCUCUUGAACGACCUUGUUGUAAGUUCAGCUGCCCUCUUCACAGAGUGUACUUCCAUCGGAGAAGAAGAAUCAAACAGUUUUUACGAAGACGGAGAUGUGGUGUUAGGGGGCAUCUUUCCUCUACACUACACCCGUGUGUCUUCUCUUCCAACGUACACAUCCAAACCAGAACCUGGUUCACACAAUUUCAGUGCACGGGCCCUGCGUUGGAUGCAGACCAUGACUUUUGCUAUCAGGGAGAUCAACCAGCGCAGUGACUUGCUGCCUGCGUUGAGGCUGGGUUUUCACAUCAGAGACAGCUGCAACGACGUCCCUGUGUCUCUGAAGGCCUCCCUGCUUCUGGUGAAUGGACAGCCAGGCCCCCCAGCCAUCAGGAAUGUGAGUCUGGAGGCAGUCGGGGAGCAUUCUGGCAAGGGUGAUCUGAUCAGUUCAGGCUUCAGGUCUCCAGUGUUAGGUUGUGCCGAUGUCACCAGGUCCCCGUCUCCUGUUAUCAUAGGAGAUGCAUCCUCUGGUGUGUCGAUGGCUUUGCUUAGAAGUUUGGGCCCCUUUCAGAUCCCCCUGGUGAGCUACUUUGCCUCCUGCAGCUGUCUGAGCGAGCAGACAGAGUUUCCAAUGUUCAUGCGCACCAUGCCUAGCGAUGCCUUCCAGGUCAGAGCCCUGGCCCGCUUGGUCAGCCACUUCGGCUGGACCUGGGUGGGGGUCAUUGGCCUGGAGUCUGACUAUGCCCGCUUCGCCAUACAGCUUUUUCUCCACGAGUCGUCCCUUUAUGGCGUGUGUGCUGCCUAUGUUCAUCUCUACCCUGUGGUUCUGAGUCAGCAGCCUCUGGAUGAGCUUCUGGAUAUCAUUCAGGGGUCAUCUUCAAAGGUCAUAAUUAACUUCAACAGUGAGUCAGAAGUGCAAAGCAUCAUGAGAGCCAUUCGACAGAGGAAUAUCACAGGCAUCCAGUGGAUCGCGAGUGAGGCCUGGGCCACAGCCAAGUCGCUCUGGGAGGAGUUUGGCGACCUCUUGAGCGGCACCUUGGGCUUCGGUAUUCGCAGAGCCGAGGUAAUUCCGGGGUUGAGGCAGCAUCUGUCCAGGCUUCGACCGUCCAACAUCCAAGACUCGUCUUUCCUCACAGAGCUCUGGGAGGAGACACUCAACUGCAGACUGAACGGCUCUGUGAACACACAUUCUCACAUGGUCAACCACCUGGAUCGAAAGCCUUGCAGUGGUAUGGAGGAUUUAAACGACGUGUACUCUGCCUUCUCAGAUGUGAGCCAGCUUAGGGUGUCGUAUAACGUGUACAAGGCUGUGUAUUUGGUGGCCCAUGCACUGCAGAAAAUGAGUGACUGUGAGGCGGGGCAGGGGCCCUUUGUGAACGGCACCUGUGGAAAACCUCAAAGUCUAGAGCCGUGGCAGCUGUUCCACUACAUGAAGAAUACUAAGUUCUCCAUAUUGGGUGAAAAAGUGGACUUUGAUCAUAACGGUGACCCCAUCGCUUCGUAUGACCUCAUGAACUGGAGACGGGAGCAGGAUGGCUCUCUGCGGCUGCUGAAGGUGGGCUUUUACGAUGCCUCCCUGUCUCCAGAGCUCAGCCUGGUGGUGAAUGAUUCUGCAAUUCAGUGGCCUGUUUGGCAACAGGCGGUCCGGUCUGUGUGCAGUGAGAGCUGCCCACCAGGGAAGCGUGUAGCCAGGAGGAAGGGGAAGCCUGUCUGCUGUUUUGACUGUGUCACCUGCGCUGAAGGGGAGGUCAGCAACAACACCGAUUCUUUGGACUGCACACGGUGCCCAGAAGACAUGUGGCCUAACGACAUGAGAAACCUUUGCCUCCCAAAGAAUGUUGAGUUCUUGUCUUACAAGGAGCCAAUGGGUAUUGUUCUAUGUACUGGAUCAGUUCUUGGAACGAGUUCCUCUCUCCUUGUUCUUGCUAUGUUCUAUAAACACAGGGCCACACCUGUUGUCCGGGCAAACAACAUGGAACUGAGCUUCUUCCUUCUGUUAUUCCUGGCCACCUGUUUCCUCAUUGGGCUUUUGUUCAUCGGUGAGCCCUCUGAUUGGCUGUGCCGUAUCCGGUACCCAGCGUUCGGCAUCAGCUUUGCUCUAUGCAUCUCCUGCCUCCUAGCUAAGACAGUAGUGGUCCUAAUGGCUUUCAGGGCCACACUGCCAGGAAGUGGUGUUAUGAAGUUGUUCGGACCCAAUCAGCAAAGAGCAAGUGUUCUUCUUUGCACGCUGGUCCAGGGCUUGAUCUGUGUUAUCUGGCUGCUCACCUACCCACCUUUCACCAAUUGCAACACAGGCUACCUCAGGAACACCAUCAUCAUUGAGUGUGCUACCGGCUCGGAGGUCGGCUUCUGGUGUGUUCUCGGCUACAUCGGCCUGUUAGCAUGCCUGUGUUUUUUCAUGGCGUUUUUGGCCCGUGAGUUGCCUGACAAUUUCAAUGAAGCUAAAUUCAUUACGUUCAGCAUGCUAAUUUUCUUUGCAGUGUGGAUCACUUUCAUUCCCGUCUACGUUAGCACCGCCGGUAAAUACACCGUUGCUGUGCAUAUUUUUGCAAUUCUGGCUUCUGCUUAUGGUGUACUGUUUUGUAUUUUUGCUCCAAAGUGCUACAUUAUCAUUUUCAAGCCAGAAAAAAACAGCAAGAAAAAUAUGAUGCGUAAAUGA